AUGGCUGGUAUACCAGUGAUUCUGAACGUCUACGAUGUCAGUGGCCACCCGGUUCUCAAGAACGCCAACAAGCUUUUCCGCGCGCUUGGUGCAGGCGCAUACCACGCAGCUGUUGAAAUCAAUGGCGAAGAGUGGUCGUAUGGAUUUACCGACGAGGGCACCGGGGUCUUCACCUGUGGCCCUCGGGAAUGCGAGGCUCACAGCUUCCGCGAGUCCAUCCCCAUCGGAGCGACCACGCUGUCCCAAGAGGAAGUCACUGCAGCUCUGGAUGCCUUGGUGCAAACUUGGCAGGGUCCCGAGUACGACAUCCUGCGCCACAACUGCUGCCACUACAGCAAUGCAAUGCUCCGGGCGCUUGGACUUCCGGAGGCUCCCAGCUGGGUGACGCGAUCAGCGGCCCAUGCGGCAGCUGUGGUUACUCCGCUUGAGGAAACCAUAGCAGAGGGAAAGAUGGCGCGGGGUGGAGAGAACGAUGGUUACAAGUUUGGAGACGUGAGCAGAGGCCUUGUAGCCAGUGGAAAGGCUAGUAGAGGCGCCGCGCCCGACUCAGGCUACAAGUUUGGCGAUCUAACGCGCGGUGUGAUCUCCAAGUUGACCGGCUGA